AUGAAGGAGAAGAUGGGAGAGAAUUCAGGCGCUCCAUUGGUGGCUUCAUUUGGCGAAAUGCUGAUCGACUUCAUUCCCGGCAUCGCCAGCGUCUCUCUGGCGGAGUCGGCCGGGUUCGUCGAGGCCCCUAGCGGUGCUCAGGCUGACGUCGCUGGGGAAAUCGCCAAGCUCGGCGGCCGUUCCGCCCUUCUUGGAAUGGUUGGGAAAGACGAGUUCGGGCACAUUUAUGCUUACGUGAACAUUCUGAAGCAAAACAGAGUGGAGACAAGCGGCGUCCUGUUCGACCGGCAAACUCCAACGGCGCUCGCCUUCGUCACUCUGCGCGACGACGGCGAGCGGGAAUUCAUGUUUUAUCGCAACCCGAGAGCGGGUAUGUUGCUGACUGAAAAAGAAAUCUAUAUGGAUCUCAUUCUGCGCUCCGACUUAUUCCACUAUGGGUCUAUCAGCCUGAUUUCCGAGCCUUUUCGCUCCGCCCAUCUCGCCGCCUUGCGCGCCGCUAAAGCUGCCGCUGUACUGUCUAAAUAUGGAACUGAUCCUAAUAUUCGCCUUCCUCUUUGGGGCUCUAAACAAUGA